CUUGCACAUCUCUCGAGUUGUCUUGUAAGCAAUCCAUCAAGCCUUUGACACUCAGUCUUGCAUAACUAUUUAAAAUGACUCAUUUCCGCAGAAACGAAGAAGAGAUUCAUGAUGAGAUCCAUGAGGCUCUCCAUCGUGAUGCCCGUGUCGACUACACUAAGCCCAUCUUCCGAAAUGCAUCUGUUGCUGCCCUUUACGAGCAAGCACUUGUUCAUGAGCCUGGUACUUCCAUCACCUCUGCAGGUGCUCUUGCUACAGACUCUGGCUCCAAAAAGGGUCGCUCUCCCAAAGACAAGCGUAUUGUUGACGAGGCAUCCACCACCAACGAUAUUUGGUGGGGACCCAUCAACUUCAAAAUGGUCGAGAACUCGUUCAUGGUCAACCGUGAGCGAGCCAUUGAUUAUCUCAAUACUCGCGAUCGUCUCUAUGUGUUUGACGGUUAUGCUGGCUGGGAUCCCAAAUAUCGUAUCAAGGUCCGUGUUGUGUGUGCUCGUGCCUACCAUGCCUUGUUCAUGAACAACAUGCUUAUUCGUCCAACUGCUGCCGAACUUGAAGAUUUUGGUGAGCCCGAUUUUACCAUUUUCAACGCUGGUAGCUUCCCUGCCAAUCGUUUCACCACUGGUAUGACCUCUGACACAUCUGUCUCGGUCAACUUUGCUCGUCGUGAGAUGGUUAUUCUUGGCACCCAGUACGCCGGAGAAAUGAAAAAGGGUGUGUUCACCGUAAUGCACUACCUCAUGCCCAAACGUGGAGUUCUUUCACUUCAUUCUUCUGCCAACGAGGGUCCUAACGGUGACGUUUCGCUUUUCUUUGGUCUCUCUGGAACCGGAAAGACCACCUUGUCUGCCGAUCCCCAUCGUAGCCUCAUUGGUGAUGAUGAGCACUGCUGGUCUGACCAUGGUGUGUUCAACAUUGAGGGUGGUUGCUAUGCCAAAUGCAUUGAUCUCUCUGCCGAAAAGGAACCCGAAAUUUUCGGUGCCAUCCGCUUUGGAUCUGUCGUUGAGAAUGUUGUUUAUGAUCAAGCUACUCGUGUUGUUGAUUAUAACGACGCAUCCAAGACUGAAAACACUCGAUGUGCAUACCCCAUUGAGUUUAUUCCCAACGCCAAAAUCCCUUGUGUUUCCACUCAUCCCAGCAACAUCGUCAUGCUUACUUGCGAUGCUUUUGGUGUGCUUCCACCCGUUUCCAAACUUACUUCUUCCCAAGCCAUGUACCAUUUCAUUUCUGGAUACACUGCUAAAAUUGCCGGUACUGAGGAAGGCGUCACUGAACCCCAGGCCACCUUCUCUGCCUGUUUCGGUGCACCGUUCCUUGUUUGGCAUCCAGUCAAAUAUGCUACUAUGCUUGCCGAAAAAAUCAAGACCCACAAGGCCAAUGUCUGGCUCAUUAACACCGGCUGGAACGGUGGUGCAUACGGUGUUGGCAAGCGUAUCUCUCUCAAGUACUCGCGUGCCAUCAUUGAUGCCAUCCACAGUGGUGAGCUUGCCAAGGCAGAAUGGGAAAGCUAUCCCAUCUUUGGUCUUUCUAUCCCCAAAAGCGUUGCUGGCUGCCCAUCUGAAAUUCUCAACCCCUCCAAGACAUGGAUGGGCACUGAGGCAUCUUACAAAGCCACACUUGAAAAGCUUGCAAAACUUUUCAUUGAAAACUUCAAAACCUAUGAAGACAAGGCAUCGCAUGAGAUCAUUUCUGCUGGACCCAAACUCUAAGCAAAAUGCCCACGACUUGACCAUGUUUUCUACUUAACUUUUUUCGUUCAUCAAUGUGCCUUUAUGAAAUCUAUUUGAGCCAUAUUUGCAAUUUACAGCGUAUUCACGUAAAAUGAAACACUUUUCUGCAUCUG